AUGGACAAACUACUGGCUGCAGUUUGGGUGGUCGCCUUCGUGGUGUUGGAAGCCAGUACCAGCAUCGUAGGUGACUCCGCUUCGAAACCUCCCAACAUCAUCUUCAUCGUUGGGGAUGAUCUGGGAUGGAACGACGUGAGCUUCCAUGGGUCGGACCAGAUCCCGACGCCAAAUAUCGACGCCUUGGCCUACCACGGCGUGAUCCUCAACAGCCACUACGUACAGCCCGUGUGCACGCCAUCGAGAGCUGCCCUCAUGACUGGGAAGUACCCCAUUCGCACGGGUAUGCAGGGUCACGUGAUAUGGGGCGCCGAGCCCCGCGGGCUGCCAGCGGGCAAGAUCCUGCCGCAGUACCUGCAGGAGUUGGGCUACGUCACCAGGGCGAUCGGAAAGUGGCAUCUGGGACACCACACCAAGAACUACACGCCCACGCACCGUGGCUUCGACUCACACUUUGGCUACUGGAACGGAUGGGUCGGCUACUACGACUUCAUAUUUGAGACUGAUGAGAUGCAUGGUUACGACAUGCGCGACGACAUGAAGACCGCCUGGGAGUACUCUGGCCAGUACGUGACGGACGUCUUCACGGACGAGGCUGAGAGGCUCAUCGGCGAACACGACACGGGGCGGCCGCUCUUCCUCUACUUUGCCCACCUCGCCUGCCACGCCGGAGACGAGGCAAAGCUCCUGGACGCUCCUCAGGAAGUCGUGAACAGGUUCAACUACAUCUCUGACCCGAACCGGCGCCUCCUAGCAGCUGUGAUAUGGAAGAUGGACGAAUCGGUGGGGCGAGUAGUGGCAGCCCUGGAGCAGCGGGAAAUGCUCGACAACUCCAUAAUUGUCUUCAUUUCCGACAACGGAGGUGCGACUACUAAGAACUGGGGAUCCAACUACCCGUUGAGAGGGAUGAAGGCCAGCCUGUGGGAAGGCGGUGUGAGAGGCGCGGCCGCCGUGUGGAGUCCGCUGCUGCAGAACACGCCCAGAGUGUCCAACCAGCUGAUGCACGUCACCGACUGGCUGCCCACGCUGUACGCCGCUGCAGGAGGUAAUGCGUCUGCCCUCCCCGAUGACCUGGACGGUGUGGACAUGUGGCCCGAGCUGGUUGUCGGUGGUUUCCACCCACGCACUGAGCUGCUCGUCAAUAUCGACGAAAAGGCGGAGAACGCAGCCGUGCGUGUUGGAGACUGGAAGCUCGUCAGAGGGACACAAAAUAGUCAGGAGUACACGGGGGCGACCGGCAGCGAAGACGGUGCGUCCACACCAGUCUACAGCCCUGAUCAGGUGCUCUCCAGCGCCGCUGGGCAGGCAGUCUCCAGCAUGCUGGGCAACUCCACUCCAGCAGAGGUGAUGCUGAGGCUGCGCACAGAGGCCACCGUCUCCUGUCCGGACCGCCCCCAGGAGCCGCAGUGCUCCAUCCAGAACAGCACCGACUACUGUGUCUUCAACAUCGCGGAGGACCCGUGCGAGGCCGGCGGCGGCGUGGCUCCAGACGGCGUGCUGUCAGCGCUGCUGGAGCGCCUCCAGGCCAUGUCGCAGCCGCUGAUGCCGCAAGGUGAUGUCGCGUCGGAGCCCGACCUGGCCGACCCCCGGCGCUGGAACAACACCUGGGUGCCCUGGACCGACUGCCUCGUCGACGAGACGGAUGAGGCCUGCAACGUCGUAGCACAGUCAUAG